AUGGUGCAGCUCAACAAGCAGCUGGCCCUGGCGGCAGCCUUCGGUCUUGCCUGCGCGGCUGAAACGAAAUACAUGGUCGUUUUCGGUGAUUCGUAUUCGUCUACUGGCUUCUGGAUAACCUCGGGGUAUCCGUCCGCAAGCAAUCCCAUGGGAAAUGGCGGCUCGACGACGUCGGGCGGCCUCAACUGGGCGGGCAUGGUAACAGAGGAGUACAACACGACAUUGCUGCUUACGUACGACUUUGCCGUCUACGGUGCAACUGUCGACACAUCUCUGGUUCGUGGCUCAACGCCCGAUGUCCAGGACCAAGUAGGGUACUUUGAUCAGUACCUGGCUGAUAAACCCGACUACGCGCCCUGGACGUCUGACGACCUGCUGGCGGCUGUGUGGAUUGGCAUCAAUGACGUUGGCAACCCUUGGUGGGACGGAACGGCGUCGCCCAUUGAUUCCAUCAUGGACGAGUACUUUGACCUCUUGCAGGAUCUGGCUGAUAAGGGCGUCACUAAUUUUGCGCUCUUGACCGUUCCGCCAUUCAACAACGCACCAAGCUUCCUCUAUUCGAGCGAAUCCUCCCUGGCGAACCUGGUAUCCAACAUCACUGCAUACAAUGAUGCUCUCGAAGCUCGCCUGGAGACAUUCAAAACUGCCAACAGCGCCAUCACGGCCCAGGUAAUCGCCACCGAGGCUUCCUUUGAGGCCGUCUUGAGCGACCCUACCGCAUACGGCGCUACCGACGCUACGUGUUCCAACACUGACGGCACGACUUGUGUUUGGUAUGACGGGUACCACGCUGGGCAGGCUAUUCACCGUCUCGUCGCUCAAGCAUUCGUGGAAGCUUUGACGGGAACGUUUUUCUAA